UUUGGCCCCGCUGCCCAGGGGCGGGCUGUCAUCCCGCUGCCCUUGGCACUUAGACCUUGCACUGCAGGCGGUUUGCUGGGCUGUAAACAAGCUGCCCGGAGAAGGUGGUUUUGUUGAAGUCUCUGAAAACCGCAGCGGCUGCCCUGAGGACCACGCAUUCUGCAGAGAGCCGGAGCCAUGCGUGUGGCCAUCAUCGGGGCCGGGGUGAUCGGCCUCUCCACCGCCCUGUGCAUCCAUGAGCAGUACCACGGGCUGGUGCCCUCCUUGGAGAUGGAGGUCUAUGCCGACCGCUUCACACCCCACACCACCAGUGAUGGGGCAGCCGGCUUGUGGCAGCCCUACCUGAGCGACCACGGCAACCUGCAGGAGACGCUCUGGAAUAAAGAGACCUUUGAUUACCUCCUGGGACACCUGGGCUCGGCGGCAGCGAAGGAAAUGGGACUUUUCCUCAUUUCUGGCUACAACCUGUUCACGCAGCCGGUGCCGGACCCAUCUUGGAAGAACAUUGUCCUGGGCUUCAGGAACUUGACACCAAAAGAGCUUGAGCUCUUCCCUGGUUACAGCUAUGGUUGGUUCAACACGGCGCUGAUGCUGGAGUGCAGGAGCUACCUGCCGUGGCUCACCAACAGGUUAACGCAGAGAGGAGUGAAGUUCUUCCAUAAGAAGGUUGAAUCUUUCCAGGAGGUGUUUGCCCAGGGCGCAGACGUCGUGAUAAACUGCACCGGGGUGCGUGCUGGGGAGCUGCAGCCUGACCCAGAGCUACAGCCUGGCCGUGGGCAGAUCAUAAAGGUCCUGGCCCCGUGGGUGAAGCAUUUCAUCAUCACUCACGAUGUCAAAUCUGGUAUCUACAACUCGCCGUACGUCAUUCCAGGGAGCGAGUUCACAGUCUUGGGAGGGAUCUAUCAGCACGGCAACUGGAGUGAGGAAAACAGCGCCCAGGAUCACAAAACCAUCUGGGAGAACUGCUGCAGGCUGCUCCCCGCUCUCCAGAAAGCCAAGAUCGUGCAGGAGUGGAGUGGAUUGAGACCGGCACGUCCCCGUGUUCGCCUGGAGCGGGAGACCCUCCGCCACGGGCACUCCCAGGCAGAGGUGAUACACAACUACGGCCACGGCGGGUUCGGGAUCACCAUCCACUGGGGCUGUGCCAUGGCAGCAGCGCGGCUCUUCGGGACCAUCCUGCAGGAGAAGAAGCUGGCCAGCCCCCCGCAGCCCCGCUUGUGAGUUGCCAGCUCACCCGGGAUUACUGUGACAGCAGUAGCUUAGAAAUCACAGCAAGAAGAUGCCAAUAACACAGCGAUACACGUGGGCCUUUCAACCCUCCCCCCAAAUCUCCAAAACCAGUUCGUAGCAUCCACUUUUCAGGUUUCUGCCAGUUCUGUCGAUGCCAGUUGCCAGCCGGCCGAGUCCCCUCCACCCUGGCCUUCCACAGCCUACCUAAAGGAAGUGCUUGAAAAUAUGAACUCGUUAGCUGUGACGAAGCGCCCUUCUCUCCCCGGGGGAUCAGCCUGCAAAGGGCAGGCAGGGUUCAGCUGGAAUCGUGACAAUCCUGCAGUUCAUCUGCGCCACGGGACGGGACCUGAAACCGAGCCCGUGCCACCUGAGGUCUUCCCUGCCUGCUCCGACACCCGGCGUGUAAUUAGAUUUGCAAGCUUCCCCCCUCAGGAGGCAAAAGCUCCUUAGUAGGAAGAAGCUCUGAAGCUCCCCGGGAAGUAACGACAGCUCUAAAAGCACGUGUUUCGGUUACAAUUACGUGCUCACGUUCAUGCCAGGACAAAGCCCGGCUCCCCAGCACCUGCUUAGUGUAUCUGGCAAUAGACAGCAGGCCUUGCCUAAAAUGGGCUUUCCAAAUGAUGUUUUUAGCAACAAAAGCAACAUGUCCCAGCCCCGUGUACUUGCCAGAUUCUAUAUAUAGCAGAGAGCAGACACAAAAUAGCUGUUCUCCUCCCUAAAACUCCCACGGCCCCUUCAGUUUCUCCUUUCCAGCUCGGAGAGAGGAGGUGGCUCCGGGCAGGUUGUGCCUCCCCAAGGAGUUGGGGACAGAUCCCAGGAGGGUGGGACUUUUCUGGGGCGUUCAGUGCCACUGCUGGGGACCCAAAGUGUUGGUCUGAUGAUACAGUUUGGCUGAUUUUUCCAUGCCAUUUGACUUUCCUGCUCUAAAACCCAUCCCAGACAAGGUACUGAAUGGUCAGGAAGCAUUAACCUCAAAUCCCAAGCCUGUCCCGAGCCCAGCACACGGUCCCUGCCUCGCUCUCCUCUGCAGAAAACUGUUUCCUACUCAUCUGUGAUGCAGCUUCUCUCUCCCUCUGACUCCGUGUGCCAGAAAUAGCUCAUCAACCUGAUCCCUGAUGCACCAGUGAACGGGAGACGCUGCCCUGCAGCUGGGGCUCCUUCUACCUCCUGGGCACCUGGAUUUAAAACAGUCCCACGGCAAGCACACCGGAGCUGCUCCCUGUCCAAGGGCUGGUCUCCUGAGGCGCUGCUUCAGUGUCACCAAGAGAAACCCCUGAAGGCUUUUUAGGAAGCCACGGGGCAGGCAGUGCUGCUGGAGACAGUCCAUGCACACAAGAUCUGCGUAUGAGACUCGUCUCAUUCCCAGCAGCGCGUA